GGCUUGCUAGAUUAUAGAAAUGUAAAUCGUUUUUAAUGAAGUUCGAUUAAUUUAGAGUUUAUAUUUAUUAGCAUAAUUUAGGCGAUAGUCCAGUGCGAUUACAGCGUAAUAAAAUGUACAUCAAAUCAAUUGAAUUGGACGGGUUCAAGUCCUACGGGGAGCUCACCCAAAUCAACGGUUUCGACGAUAAAUUCAACGCCAUCACGGGCCUGAAUGGCAGCGGAAAAUCCAACAUUCUAGACGCCAUUUGCUUCGUCUUGGGCAUAUCAAAUCUCAGCCAUGUCCGAGCCGGAACCCUGCAGGAUUUGAUCUUCAAAAGCGGCCAGGGAGGCGUCGACAAAGCCACAGUCUCCAUCACCUUCGAUAACACUCACGCCUCCCAAUGUCCCCCGGGCUACGAAGACUACCGGGAAAUCACAGUUACCAGGCAGUUGAUAAUGGGAGGGAAGAACAACUAUUUACUGAACGGCAUCAAAGUGCAAAAUAAGAAAAUCCACGAUUUGUUCUGUUCGGUGCAAUUGAACGUUAACAAUCCCCAUUUUUUAAUCAUGCAAGGCAAGAUUACCAAAGUCCUCAAUAUGAAGCCUAUAGAGAUUUUAGCUAUGAUAGAAGAAGCAGCCGGUACGCGAAUGUACGAAGUAAAGAGACAAUCGGCCCUGAAACAAAUCGAAAAAAAGUCCGUAAAAAUCGAAGAACUGAGCGCGAUACUGAAAGAAGAAAUAGAACCGAAGAUAGCGAAGCUGCGCGAAGACCGCAGGAAAUUCCUCGACUACCAAAACAUCGACGCGAUGCUGAAGAAACAAACGCAAUUGUUCGAGUGUUGGCAGUACUGCCAAAGCAAACAAGUCCAUUCCGUAGCGGUCAAUAAACUGCGAGACACCGAAGUACAAAUAAAAUCUUUCGAGAACGAAAUCGAGGAGAACAUACAAAAAUGCAAGGAAUUAGACGAGCAAAUUAUCCAAUUAACCAACAACGCCAAUACAGAAGCCUCGGCUCGACUUGCGGAACUGGAAUCGGAGCUAAAGGAGAAGCAAGUGAAACAAGCCAAGUCGGGCGCAUCGAUCGAUUCGGUUAAAUUCAACAUAACGACAGAAGAAAAGAAAAUAGUUCAACUGAAUACCAAUUUAAGCGAAGACCAAGCCGCUUUGACCGAAAAAGAAAACCGACUGGAAAGCGUCCGAACGUCGUUCGAAACUUUAAAAACCAACGACGAGAAAGACACCGAAGCCCUCAAUAACGCCGUAAAGAAAUUAGAAGCUUUGGGCACCGGUAUGGAAGUGAACGACGAAGGGGAAACCCAGACGCUUCAAGAUCAAUUCAUGAAAGCCAAUCAAGACGCCAUGCAAGCAGCCACCGAUGCCAAAAUAGCCGCAAACGUAAUAGCAAAGUGCAAAAGCGAAUUGGCCGAAAAAGAGAAAGAAUUACGUUCCACGUCCGUCAACUUCUCCGACUACGAGAAAACCAAGAGGGAGGUGGCCUUAAAAGAAAAACAACUACAUAAAUUAGAGGAGGAAUUGAGCAAAAUGAACUUCAGCGAAGACCGCAUGAGAGAGGUCCAGAACGAGCGACAGCUGUUAACGGAGGAGGUUCGAUCUCUGAGGGAUUCCAUCGAGUUGUUUUACGCCUGCCAUCCGAGAAUGAGAUUUACCUACGACGAUAUGGGGCCCGAUUUCAACAGGAAAUCGGUCAAAGGCGUCGUGUGCAAUUUGAUGAAAUGCAAAAUUCCGGAUGUUUCCAUGGCCAUCGAAACUGCCGCUGGAAGUCGGCUCUACAACGUCGUAGUAGACACCGAUAAAACCGUAGUGAAGCUCUUGAAGAAAGGCAAUUUGCAAAACAGGACCACUUUCAUACCCCUGAAUAAAAUCAAAGGUGGAAAAAUCCACCCGAAAAUCGUGAAGUUGGCUCAAAACUUGGUGGGCCCGGAGAACUGCCAGACGGCCCUGUCUCAUCUGGAAUACGGCGCCGAAUUGGAGACCGCCAUGGAAUACAUAUUCGGCAACGCUUUCGUCUGCAAAGACAUCAGCGUGGCCAAGAGAAUCGCCUUCAACGACGACAUCAGGAAGCUGUGCGUUACCCUCGACGGGGACGUCGUCAAUCCGGCCGGCACCCUCAGCGGCGGGGCCCCCAAAGCGGGCGGCAGCGAUCUGUUGAAGCUCGCGCAAACCAAGAAUAACGAGGCGAUAUUGAAGGAAAAGGAAAGCGCGUUGGGGACAAUCGAGGCGAAUUAUCGAAAGCUGGACGAGCUACGGUCGAAUUUCUACGGAUUGAAGAGGAAAAUCGUGGUGGUGAGCGGCGAAUUCGCCUCGCUGAAGAAAACUGUAGAACAAGGCAACUACCAGAAGCUACAGGACGAUAUUAAUAACAUGAAAAAGCGAAUCGAGGAAAGCACGGCUACGGUUAAAGCAUGCAAGGAAUUGGAGAAAAAGUCCAAAGACAAGGCCGGCGAAAUCGAAAGGAAAAUGAAAGACAUCAAAGGGUACUUCACGAAUCGAUUGAAGGAAGCCGAGGCGGAUGUGAAACGGUUGAAGGAGAAAGCGGAGAAGAGCAGCAAGAUAUGGAAGCAGAACGAGCAGGAUUACGAACUUUUAAAAUUGGAAAUAUCCACGUUGAAAACGGAAAUCGAAAAUAUCAAAAAGGAGAUCGAAGUUUCCCAGAAAACUCUGGUUGAUUUGAACGCCCAAUUAGCGGACAUAUCUGGAAACGAUGAAGAAUUAAAGACUGAAAUCAACAACGUCAAAGCCGAAUUGGCCUCGAUAAAAGAGCGAAUAAAAGAGAAAAACAAAGACGUGCAAAAGAAAAGCAAGGAAAAGGAGAAUUUGUGCGCCAAAAACGAGAAUCUCAAAUUGAAAAUCAAAGCUGAAAGACAAGGCCUCGAUAAAAUGGAAGAAUAUUGCAAAAACGCAGAGAAAAAGAUGCGAGAUCUUUCGAAGAAAUUCAGCAACCAUCCGAAUCUAAAAGAAGCGGAAAAGCUAUCGAGCAAUGAGGGAUCAGAGUUGGAGAAGAAAAUCAAAGCUAACCAAGAACAAAGGCACAAACUCAGCAGGGUUUUGAACACGCAAGCGUUAACAAUGUUUGAAGAACACGAGAAAAAAUACAUGGAGGUCAUCGAGAAGAUGAAUAUAUGCAAAACGGACAAAGAGAACAUCCUGAAAACUAUCAAGGAAAUGGACGUGCAGAAGGAAAAUUCGUUGAAACUGGCUUUCCACCAAGUGUCCAAGGAUUUCGGUUCGAUAUUCGGUACACUUUUGCCUGGCGCCAACGCCAAAUUGGAACCGCCCAAAGGAAAGCAGAUCUUGCAAGGUUUAGAGAUAAAAGUCGCCCUGGGCGACGUGUGGAAAGAGAAUCUAUCCGAAUUGAGCGGUGGACAAAGAUCUUUAGCGGCGUUGUCAUUAAUAUUGGCCAUGUUGUUGUUCAAACCGGCUCCAUUGUACAUUUUGGACGAAGUCGAUGCCGCUUUGGACAUGUCCCACACGCAGAACAUCGGGAAAAUGCUGAAGACGCACUUCAAACAGAGCCAGUUUAUAGUGGUGUCUUUGAAAGACGGAAUGUUCAGCAACGCCAACGUUUUGUUCCGCACGAAAUUCGUAAACGGGGUUUCUACAGUUACGAGAACGGUUAAUAAAUAGAUAUAAAUGGCACUUAUUGAGGACUCCAUUUUUUUUAAAUAAUCUAUCUCUUUAACUUUGCAUUGUUUAAUUUGACAGUUUUACAUGGUUGUUAGAUUGAAAACGAGCACUGAAUACGAGUCAAUGAUUUUUUUUACUUAAUUUUUAUUUUUACAUUCGUUAAAAAAUAAUUAAAUUUGAUAAAUAAAAUAUAUCAAUAUGUAAAAUAUCGCUUAAGGUGGUUAAGUGAAGUUUUAGUUGAUAGAUACUCCUUUUCCUUGUGCCUUUAUAAUU